CAUCCCACACUUAGCUGUCUCCAUCUCCUUCAGAUGCUCAGGGAGGGGAUCAGAUAUUACAGUGGGGUGUCUACCUUUGUACCGGGUAUGUUGAGAAGACGAAGCAGCUCAGAGGUAAGCGUAGUGAGGCACUGAGGAGCUGGGGCAAUGUGCCACUUCUGGUGUGUGAGGAUGCUUUGGAUCCCUAUCGUUUUCCUGGCUCUGCUAAUUAGCACUGAGGGGAUUGUCAAGACCUGGGACUACUCACCUGUCUUGGGUCCCAGCUUUCUGAACACCAAAGGAAGGGACAAUCAGUUAGUUAGGCUUCAGCGUGACGUUCACAAUGGACAGAACAAGAUCGCCACACGCGUCUUCCAAGGGGGGGACAGUCUGUCUAUCGACACUCUACCAGAUAACCAGACACAGAUACUAGAGAACAAUCACAAAUACUACUCAUCAAGAGUGCUGGGACCAGCGGAACUGCAAGGUCAGAACCUGUUGGAGGAUUUACUGCAAGAGGACACCAGAAAGGCCACAGUGCUUACCAUUCUGUCGAGAGCACACAGGCAAGCCUCGAGAGUCGUUCUUUCCUUUGACUUCCCUUUCUAUGGGCAUCCAUUGAGGCACAUCACAAUAGCUACUGGAGGUUUUAUCUUUAUGGGUGACAUCCUUCAUAGCAUGCUGACUGCAACACAGUACAUAGCACCUCUAAUGGCAAAUUUCAACCCGAGUUACUCCAAGGAAUCUACAAUCAGGUACAGGGACAAUGGUACAUGUGUUGUGGUUCAGUGGAACCAAGUUCGUCUCCAUGACAGAGAAAAUGCUGGAAACUUUACUUUUCUAGCUGCUUUAUAUAAUGAUGGACGGAUUGUGUUUGGGUACAAAGAGAUUCCUUUACCAGUGCAAAAUAUCAGUUCGGAGCAGCACCCUGUAAAAUCCGGCCUCUCUGAUGCUUUUGUAGUUCUUGACCCUUUCUUAGAAGUCUCAGCAUCCCAGAGGCGUUCUAUCUACGAGUAUCAUCGGGUACAGGUGGACCUCGAUAGGAUUAAGAGUCAAACUGUUGUGGAAUUCACCCCUCUACCAACAUGCCUGCAGCAUACAACCUGCGACCAGUGCCUGACCUAUUCCUCUAGCCUCAACUGUAGCUGGUGCCAUGUACUACAAAGAUGUUCCAGUGGCAUUGACCGUUAUCGACAGGACUGGAUAACAUACGGAUGUGAGAAAGAGAAUAAGACAUCGUGUGAGGAAUACAUCGAUUUUUACACCCCAGCUGACACCACAAUCAAAACCACCUCAUCCAAAGAAGGCUCAUCCACACCGACACCUUCCAUAGAUCUCACUACAGAAGAUGACACAAAAAUGACGCAUGUGGGAGAUGAACCACUUGAGGAGAUUCCAAAGAAGAGCGCCUCUCAUGUGCAUUCUGGCACAAUUGUGGGCAUAAUACUGGCCGUGCUGCUAAUCACCGUCAUAAUCCUUGUUGUCAUCUAUAUAAACCAUCAUAAAGGAAAACAAGGGAGACACUGCUGUAUAGAGUAUCAUCCUCAUCACUGGGCGGUUAUGAAGUUCAACAACCAUGGUAGUCCAGGUGUGUACACUGUGGUGGACCCGACACCAGGACUUGAUAAAGAUGGCUUCAUGAAGACAGAACAAUAAGAGCCCUUGAACCCCUUCAUGUGAGGGAGAUGGAAGGGCUGGGACCUCCCAAUAUGCUAAGUUCAUUACAUCCAGCUUAACAGAUGCCCAACUACACCUUUAAAGACUACACAAGAUGAAGAACUCACUCUAGACUCGUUCCUAACUCCAGAAUAUAUUACUUUCUUCUCUCUGCACUCCCUGCACAGCAAUACAUCUCCAUUUCUAAUAUAAGAAGAGAUUAUACUGCAUUGUCCACAAGAGAUCUGCCCUGAAAAGUACCACAGUCUGUUAUCAACAGAAAAUUAUUCCUGGCUGUCAGAUAUCUAAAAACCAAUACAUCUCAUCAUGAAUAACCAUAUGCAUCAGAAGAUCCAUUUCAAAGACUUUCUCAACAUCUCGCCUAACUAUACCACUCCAGAGCUCAGCCUGCUAGUAAAAGCAUGCAUCCCAUCAUUAAACAUCUAGAAGUCAGUCUCAUACCUGCCAUAGGACUGCAAAGCUCUAUACAAUUUUACUUUAUUUUCAAAAGGUUACCUGCAAAGACAUUAUAAAUCUUGUAUCCACCUUGUGACAAAGAAUGUCAACUCAUUUGCCGUGAAAAGACAACUGAGAAUAUUGCAUCUUUACAUCAGAUGUGGAGAGAUCACGCAUUGUUAGUUCAGCAUUAAAUAUUUGUCCCACAAAAUAGAUUGCUUAAAGGGGUUGUCUGGUCCCCUUAAUAUGAGCAUUUUAUACUCAAAGCUCUCCUUUGCCCUGCGCUGAAUUGGGGAUCCGGUGAUGUACCGGGCUCUCCAUUAGGACUGCUAGGUGGAGGCCUCCACCUAGCAGUGAGCCCAGUGGCGUCACCGGCACUAAUGGCAGGCUUUAGUGCUGCCCUAGCCUGUAAAACGGCUAAGGCAGCACUAAAGCUUGCCCAUCAGAGCCGGUGACUUCACAGACAACACUGCUAUGCGGAAACCUCCACCUAGCAGUGUGACAAUAUAAACAAACACCCCUUGUCCUGCACGAUCCAGCGGAGGGCAAGGGAGAGCACCGGAGCAUGAAAUGCUCCCAUGCUCAUGUCAGAGUGGGUGAAAAUGAGGGUAUGUCCGAAUUCAGCUCUGAACUCGGACAACCCCUUUAAGGGCUAUUCCAGGGUUUGACCUAUUCUUAAGAAAGGUGGGGGUCUGACAGCCGCACUUCCCUGCUGAUCAGCUGUUUCAGGGUAGCUACAUAGCUUUUUCGGGGUAACAACACGGCUCUAUUUAUAGUGGACAGACCUUGGUGCUGCUCCCAUUCACUUCAGUGGGAGCAGCUCUAUAGUUAGCCAUCACAGAGAUAGGACAUCAAUAGUAAAAUCCUGGAAAAACCUAAGGUGUAAUCUUGCUGUAAUUAUGCACUUUGUGGGCAGAUCCACAUGUAACUUGCAAAUCAUACAGAUUUUGGUGUGGAUU